UCCAAAUUGAUUGGAGCAGCAGACAGCAGUACAGGUACGGCUGUGUGCCUAGUAGAAGCACCAAGAAAGGACGAGAGAGAGAGAAUGUCCUUGAAGCUUCUCCGGCUGCGUACCGCCGGGCAAUGCCACUUCCUGCCGCCGCUGCUGCUGCUACAUCUCGUCCCCGCCCUCCUGCUCCUGCCGCCCUCACGCCCGGCGUUGGCGGCGGCGGCGACGGUGGUCACCCACCUGCCAGGAUUCGAUGGCCCUCUGCCCUUCAACCUUGAAACAGGAUACGUGGGCGUGGAGGAGGAGGCCGGGGCGGAGCUCUUCUACUAUUUCGUCGAGUCGGAGAGGAGCCCCGGCACGGACCCGCUGCUCCUAUGGCUCACCGGCGGUCCCCGCUGCUCGGUCAUCAUGGGCCUGGCCUUUGAAAUCGGUCCUCUGAAGUUUGUGUUGGCACCGUAUAGUGGCGGUUUGCCGGAGUUGGUGUAUAACCCAUAUUCAUGGACAAAGAUGGCAAACAUACUCCUGUUGGAUUCACCGGUGGGUUCAGGUUUUUCGUUCGCUCGUGAUCCCAAAGGCUACGAUGUUGGGGACUACUCAUCAUCUUCGCAGGUCCAAACAUUUCUGAAUAAGUGGUUCACGGAUCACCCGCAAUACCUUUCAAAUCCUUUCUACAUUGGUGGAGAUUCAUAUGCUGGAAAGGUGAUUCCACUUAUUGGACAAGGCAUUUCAGAAGGAAUUGACGUGAGGCAACAACCUGUUAUCAAUCUCAAGGGAUAUAUGGUUGGCAACCCUAUAACAGAUCCAAAGUUUGAUGAAAAUUACAAAAUUCCAAGUGCUCAUGGCUUUGGGAUAAUAUCUGAUCAAAUAUAUGAGAGUGCGGUGAAGAAUUGCAAAGGAGAUUAUGUUACCCCCAUGAACGAAAUGUGUGUUGAAGUGUUGCAUACUAUCAAUAAUCUCAUUUCUGAAAUUUCAAUUGAACACAUCUUGUACAACAAGUGUGACGUAGUUGCGCCAAAGACCAUAGAUGAUGCUUCAAGAAGAAAGUUUUUGUUGGAAGAAUCUACCCAGUUAAACACGCCACCUGCUCGUCCAACUGUAGAUUGUUUUACAUAUGGUUAUUACCUAGCUUACUUUUGGAUGAACAACAACAUGACUAGAAAAGCUCUUGGGAUCAAGGAGGGAACAACCAAUGAGUGGAUACAAUGCAACAUAGGGCUCCCCUACACAUAUGAGAUACCGAGCAGUAUACCAUACCAUCUCAACCUCACUACAAGAGGUUAUCGUGCACUUGUGUACAGUGGAGACCAUGAUCUGGAGGCACCAUUUCUUGGCACACAAGCAUGGAUAAGAUCCUUGAACUUUUCGAUCGUUGAUGAAUGGAGAGCAUGGCAUCUUAGUGGGCAGGCUGCUGGAUUUACCAUAGAAUACACAAACAAUAUGACAUUUGCCACAGUGAAGGGUGCUGGUCAUACUGCUCCAGAGUACCGGCCUAAAGAAUGUUUUGCCAUGGCUCAAAGGGCAUCUCCAACGGCGACCCUCAAACCUCUCGCAUACGUCCAGACAACGUUGUCCGGACUGCGAAAGCCAUCUAACGCAGGGCUUGUGUUCUGCUCAGGAAGACAAGACGGCGGCGGCGGCUACCUGAAGUUGGGAUAAGGUUCUCCCCAUCUAGCCUCUGUUAUGAUGGCGCGUCUAGCGCUAUCGAAGGGCGCGUGGAGAUGUGUCUUUGACGGAUCUCACGGGAUUCGGUUGGCGUUUGUCUUGAGAGGAUCCAUUUGGAUCCGGUCUUCGUUCGUUUGUGUUCAUGCGUCUUCAGAUUGGAUCCUUCCGAUCUACACUUCUCUUUAUCGGCGACGUUUGUUGUUUAGGUGUGUUGGUCCUAUUGGGCCUUAGCACGACGACUUUCCAACUAUCUAGUACAAAAAGGUUUGCUCGGCUCCGGCGAGGGAGGGGCAAUGACGGCGGCGUGCCUUCGGCUCGCUCCAAUGCUUGUAGUCGUUGCUAGGUGGGUUUAGGGCUAUGGAUGUACUUUUUACUUCUUAUGUUCUUUGUACUUCCUUGACAGAUGAUGAAUAGAUCGAAAGUUUUCCCCCCAAAAA